CGGCGGCCGGGGAACAGAGAGUCAGACAGACGCCUAUCCAGGAUAUACUGUUCCCUUGCUGGUGCAUCGGACUGUACUUUGCUCAGAUCUUUUCUCUGGUCCGGACAAUCCGGAUGAGUCUCGGGCCCCGCCCCGUCUGGCCUUGCCUGGCCUGCUUGGCUCCUACAAGCUGUGCAGGCAGCGGGCUAGCUACCGACCCCAACCCCACGCGCCUCCACUCGCCGGCGAAGAUCCGGGAUGGGCAACGCCACCCAGCUCGCAUGGGUCUCAGCGAGGCCGGGUGACGUUCCAGGAUGGGAGACAAGCCAAUUUGGGAGCAGAUUGGAUCCAGCUUCAUUCAGCAUUACUAUCAGUUAUUUGAUAAUGACAGAACCCAACUAGGCGCAAUUUAUAUUGAUGCAUCAUGCCUUACGUGGGAAGGACAGCAGUUCCAGGGGAAAGCUGCCAUUGUGGAGAAGUUGUCUAGCCUUCCGUUCCAGAAAAUUCAGCAUAGUAUCACAGCGCAGGACCAUCAGCCCACACCAGAUAGCUGCAUCCUCAGCAUGGUCGUGGGUCAGCUCAAGGCUGAUGAAGAUCCCAUCAUGGGUUUCCACCAGAUGUUCCUAUUAAAGAACAUCAAUGAUGCUUGGGUUUGCACCAAUGACAUGUUCAGGCUUGCUCUGCACAACUACGGCUGACCUCUUCUUGGCCAGUUACUCACGCUGUUUCCUCCUCCCUCCUCUUCCCAAUACUAUCACACUCCUCCAGAUGCUCCAAAUAUCAUACACAAAUGAGCAGGGCCAAGGUGGGCAUGGGUGCAGUGCGCUCCUGCCACUGAGGUUUUGUGCAUGAUGUUUGGAUGCUAGACUAGUUGCAUCUGACAGGAGAAGUUUGUGUUGUACCAGCGCAUGCCUUGGAAAGACUUAAGUAAUGCAAAAGGUUGUCAUUUUCUUUUUUUUUUUUAAUCUACUGACAAGUUGCUCUAGUAACCCAAAGAAGUGAAGGAGAAAGCAGCUGCCUCACCACCCAGAUACUGAUUUGUUCAGAUGUUUCAAAUGCCUCAUUAUACAAUAAAACCACAAAAAUUUUCUUAACAGUUUAAAUUGUUUUAAUUAGUUUAAUAGUUGGCUGGGCAUCAAUAACUAUCCUGGCCCAUUGUCCUUUUCAUUUGUCACCCUCCCUCCUCUGCCUCAACUCAACCUGCUACCAGGAGCAAAGUGGCUGAAGCUAAGUUUUUCUCAAGCCCAAGAGGGCAGAGCUCUCUUCAGCCCUCUUGGCCUUGGGAAUGUAGGAAGAACUUAACAUGAAGCUUCUUUUACAUAGAAAUCUCUUCAGUCAGGUGUGAUACCUCCUGGCCUCUGCUGUGUUCGGAGCUCUAACAGAAUAGAUGUUUGAACCCUGUAGAAGCUAAAAAGGCCUUGGCAAACAUGGAAGGCCAUGUUCAGGCCCUUUGGGCUUGAGGUUUCAGCAAGCCUGAUAGAGGGCCUGCUCUCUGCCCAGAAGGAUCAGGAUCACAUUCAGAGUGCCCACAUCUCUCAAGCCAAGCAAAAUGCAGCUGAGAUGCUAUACCACCUGCUUGGGAUGUCAGCCAGGCCCCACUGGGUUGGAGUAUAGAUUCCAAACAGGAGGAAGUAAGUCUGAGCAUAAGGUAGUCAUGCUCUAGUUCUUACUCCUCAGGCCUUUGCUGGGUGUGUUUACACACUACCACCCUCUUCCACACACACCUCUUGUCUUCAAAUCCCAAGAACUCUUAACUAUUAGAGCAGUUUCUGCUCCACUGAGUUUGGGCACAGUCCUUGCCCAAAUGCAAAUCUAGCUUCUCAUCCUUGAGACCACUAGAAGGUCUAAAGCUGGUAGCAAAAUAGCACCUGAGACUAGAAAUGAGCCCAGGAUGUGGGCUAAUGCCAUUAGGGGUCUUAGGACUGGUCAGGCACACCUGGAAAGGGAUGCCCUUCCCUGUCCCUCACUAUGGUGAGGAUGGUAAAGAUUUCCUCAGACCCCACAGGCAUGCCUGGCCAUACUGAGCAUAGUACUAGACAUUGAUGUGCUGUUUGAAGGACAGAGUACUGGAGAAUGGAGUGGAAGUGAACUCUUAAGUUGUGUAUUGUGGGGGUGGGGGAGAGGUAGGUGCCUGCUGCCUCUUAAACCACCCUGUAUAAAAUCUGCAAUAAGGCUUCUUCCAUGUACCUGUGCCUGAAAUAUCUGCAAUAAAGAGGUGUUUGUAAACAA